ACAUUUGACGGAAGGGGGGCGUGCUGCUCGAACGAUGGAGUCCCUCGAAGACCUCAAAGCAGCAGUGGGUGCAUCAAUGACCAGCAUCUCACCUGCCAUCAAUGGUCAGAAUCAUGCAGCAGCCCCCACAGCAGUCGCAAGCCAGCUUGGCGUUGGCCCGAGCUCGGCGACGUCGGGCACCUCGAGUCGCCAAGUCAGUCUGUCGAGUGGCUCGGCCAGUUCGGGCAGAGAGAUGCUCCAGAUCAUCGACGAGGAUCAGACAUUCACUGAUCAGCUGCCCGAGUUCAUGAAGCGUUGUGGUCUCUACGACAAAGGAUUCAGCUACGAUGUCGUAGCAGUCUUUGGCUCGCAGUCUACCGGCAAAAGCACGCUACUCAAUCGUGUGUUUGGCACUUCCUUUGCCGUCAUGAGCGAGCACGAGCGCCGCCAGACCACCAAAGGUAUCUGGAUGAGCAAGGGCGAGAGCAUGCCCGUCUUGAUCAUGGACGUCGAAGGAACGGAUGGACGCGAACGUGGCGAAGAUCAGGAUUUUGAGCGCAAGUCAGCCCUAUUCUCGAUGGCAUCUGCCGAAGUCAUCCUCGUCAAUCUGUGGGAGCAUCAAGUUGGCCUCUAUCAAGGCGCCAAUAUGGGGCUGCUCAAGACGGUCAUGGAAGUCAAUCUGGGGCUCUUCCAAGCCUCGAAAAGCAAGCAGACGAGCAAAGGACAAGACAAAACGCUUCUGCUCUUCGUCAUCAGAGAUCAUAUUGAACCGGGCGGCACACCUCUCGCUAACUUGAGCAGAACGCUCACAGCGGAUCUUGAGCGGUUAUGGUCUGGCUUAUCCAAGCCCGAGGGUCUUGAGCAGUCUCGCAUAUCGGAUUACUUUGAUCUCGACUUUGUCACACUCCCACACAAGUUACUGAAGCCGGAGCAAUUCGACGUGGAAUGCUCGCAGCUCAGGACCCGAUUUGUUGAUCGACAUGAUCCCAACUAUGUCUUCAAACCGAUCUAUCACAAGCGCAUUCCAGCGGAUGGCCUUUCGAUCUACUUCUCUCAAAUCUGGUCGCAAGUACUGUCGAACAAAGAUCUCGACUUGCCAUCUCAACAAGAGCUUCUCGCGCAAUACCGAUGCGACGAGAUCGCCAGUCUGGCAUUUGCAGACUUUGAGACAGAUAUAAAGCUACAUCGCAAGCCCGUAGAAGGCGGCAAGCUCGUCGAAGCGCUCGGCAAGCUCAUGGCAGCCGGUCGCGCGACGUGCAUUGCGAAAUUCGACCGCGAUGCAUCUCGGUACCAUCCCGCGGUCUACCAGCGCAAACGCGCCGAACUGCUUGCAAAGGCAAACGCUUCACUGUCUCCGCUCUAUGUCGGUCAGCUCAAGAACGUACACAAGCAAGUCGUGCGAGACUUCAAAGCAGCAAUCCUCGCGCAACUCAAGGCAGAUAGCUACGAUUUUGCGUCUGUAGUCGACCAAACCCGUCAGAAGGCUGAAUCGACUUUCAUCACGGAAGCGAAAGCUUUAAGCCUAGACGGGACAGACUGGUCAUACGAUGAUGCGUUAGUCCAGCUGCGUGAGGAUAUCACUGCUAUCGCAGACACGUGCAGAGUUGAAGAGACAAAGCGCAUGGUCACGAGCAUCGAACGAGCCCUGAAGAAAGCAUAUAACGAACCAGUCGAGAUUGCCCUGAAGAAGCCAACCACCGAGAUGUGGGACAACGUCUUGAAGGCGUACAAGACUGCCAUUGCUAAAGCCGAGACUGCGUAUCUCGCCAAGGCUGGCAGCUUCAACUGCACAGAAGAGGAGAAUACAGCUGCGCUGAGCUCGCUGCGCCGCAAAGCUUGGCUGAGCCUAAGGCAAAAGAUUGACGAGCAAGUAUCAGAAUCGGCGCUUCUCGUCAAGCUCAAGCUUGCGUUUGAGGAUCGUUUUCGGUAUGAUGCGGAAGGAAUCCCGCGGGUCUGGAAGCCAGAGGACAACAUGGAUGAUUUGUUCAGAAGCGCGAGAGAAUCGACCCUGGCGCUCAUUCCACUGUAUGCAAAUAUCAGGCCGUCAGACCCUGCGAACCAGUAUGUCCUCUCAGCAGAAGAUGCAGCCUCAACCAGCGACGAUGUCGAGCCAUUCGACUUUGACGAAUCUCUCGUCGUGCUCAGCGAGACGAAAUCGGACGAGCUAGCAAAUCGCUUCCGGCGAGAAGCUGACGCGUACUAUGUCGAAGCGAAGCGCAGUCUGGUCAGUUCGAUCAGUCAGAUACCUGUCUGGAUGUAUUGCGUGCUAGUUGCACUCGGCUGGAACGAGUUCAUCGCCGUCAUUCGCAGCCCGAUCUACUUUACGCUACUCCUACUUGGUGCGACAGCGGCGUACAUCACCAUUCAGCUCAACAUGGUGGGACCUGUCAUGACGAUCGGUCGCAGCGUGAUCAACGAGACUUAUAGAGUUGGCCACGAGAAGCUCAGAGAGCACUUCAACACGCCAGAGAUCAGACGGAUGUAUGAAGGAUCAGUGGCAGUGCCUGCCGAGCCGAUGGAAUUGCAGUCGCGAGCGCAGAACACGACGGAUGAUCAAAAGGAGCGAUAGCUUACGCGAGUUGUACGAUCG